AUGUCUGAAUUCAUCAUAACAGGCUCAGCCGUGGAUAUCAUCGGUGAGACGAUGCCGAACAGUACCAUCGGAAACCAUGUUCUCCUCGACGGCAUCGUGUCUUGUGACUUCAUUCAAAAAAUUGUUGCCCACAAUAUCCUUCAAUUCGGACUACUAGGUCGUGGUGGCGAUUAUGACCACUACAUCGCGGCCAGGCAAGAUGUUAUCUUCUAUCGCCCAACGGAAGAACAUGCACCUCUCUUCCAGGCAAUUCAAGAUGUGCACGCUGUAUAUAAGAUAAGGACAAUUGAAAACGAAUUCUGUUCCAUAGAUGUUGCUCAUCUCGUUCCAUCCUCUCUCUGA